CGAGGUCCAGCACCCAGCACCCAGCACCUCAUCAAACACCGCACACUUACAUUCCUAUCUACUCUUCUCUUUCCAACCAAGAUGCGAUUCUCCAUCGCCACCCUCGGUGCCGCCCUCCUGUCGGUCAUCGCGGCCGCGCAGAACUGCACCCCAGGCGAAUACCGGUGCCGAUCGACGAUAUACCCUGUUUUGUGCGAUGCGACGGGCAACUGGGUUAUUCUCCAGGCCUGCCCGGACGGCACGCAAUGCAUUGAGGAAGGCGGGGGCGUCUACUGCGGUUAGAGGGAGGACUAUUAGUCGGGGGAGGGCUUUAAGAUCAACGUAUCAGGCUUAUGAGUUCGCUAAUCGAGAUGGAAUUUGAGGAGUUGAGUCAGGCCAGGGUCUAUUCUCGUUUAUCCCGCAAACCACUGAGAACCAGACCAAAACGUUAUGUGCCUGAGCAUGUGAAAGACCUCGUGAGCAUCGGACAUGUAAUGUAGAGUAUUGGACGCCGAAAGGAACAAGUAAUUAAUUUGGUAUCUUCGCCAAGGACCCGUAC